AAUUUGAUAAAAUACCUAUGAAUUUUUCAAUAAAGUUAAAUCUACAGAAGAGUAAGUUGUGUAAACAUUAAUAACACCCCUAACAUUAUUGCAAAGAUGUGUGACGAGUAUGAACUGUUUGAGUUUUUGGAAAGUGAUUUCAACGAAUCCAGAAUGGCAAAUAAAAAGAAACGUUUAAGGAACAGAGAAAAUAAUGAUCCUUUUGACUUAGAUGAAAAUGCUUUCAUCAAGGAGUACAGGUUAACCGCAGACUUGGUGCACAAACUUUGUGAAGAGCUGGAGCCAAUAAUGGCAAAAAGCUCUAAAAGAGCAACUGAUUUAAGCAUAGAAACAAAGAUUUUUCAAUAAAUUUGGUAUCCCUGGUGUAUGAUUGGAUGUAUUGAUUGUACCCAUGUUCGCAUAGUAAGGCCUAAUGAGCAUGAAGAUAGAUAUUUCUGUAGAAAGAAAUUCCAUUCUCUAAAUGUUCAGUUGAUUUGUGAUGCGGAUCAACAAAUUCUAAGUGUUGAUGCGAGUCAUCCAGGGUCAUUUCAUGACUCAUUUAUAUGGAGCCACUAUCCUGUACGUUACCAUUUGGAAAAUUUAGGGUCUGAAGCAACAUGGCUUUUAGGUGACUCUGGGUACUCACAACGAAGAACGAUGAUGACACCUAUUUUGGAUGCAGAACCAGUCACACCGGAAGCAUAUUAUACACAAAAGCAUGUAAAGGCUAGGAAUGUGAUAGAAAGAACUAUAGGUCUUCUCAAAGCACGUUUCCGGUGUCUCUUGUGCCACAGGGUGUUGCAUUAUCAACCACAGGUUGCUGGCUUCAUUACAAAUGCUUGUGUAAUAUUGCACAAUAUUUGUAAUGAAAACAACUUGCCUGAAGUAAGGUUGACAGAAGAAGAGCAAGCAAGGGAAGUUGCACAACAACCACCAGUGGAAGCUCUUCAUGAACCAGCUGGGCAACACAACAUUGAGCUUCAACAUGGUAUAUCUACACGGCGUGAUCUUGUGGCACGUCUCUGGGCUCUUCGCCGUACCUGAAAAUCAAAAAAUAGAAUUUUAUUGCAGAUUUGUAUUCAAUAAUAUUUCGUUUUUAAGAGUAAGUUAUAAGUAGCUAUGCAGGUAGUUUAUGAACAAUAAUCUUUUUCAUUUA